AUGGCUGACGACGCCAGCGUCAAAAUAGUAGACGAGAUUACUAUGAAGAAUGCUCUUAAUAGGAACUUCACCAGACUGUUUAAUUCUAUCUGUGAAGCAAACGAUCUCUCCCGCACGUCAGAUGCGCUCAUACAUCUUCCGCAAACAGCAAACGAUAUCUGGGAAUAUGUCAACGAGGCAGUGACUGUAAACGCCCAUGCCUCCUCCCAACAAAUCCAACAGGUCCACAAUACGAGUAGCUUUGCAAUCCUCUCCAAGCACCGCCAAUACAUUGAUCGAAUUCUCAAGGCUGAGAUUGAACCUGUGUAUGUUGAGAUCCCACAAUUCCACUCGGUGUUCUUUGGAUGCGUACAAGACAGUGCCUACUUGCCGCCUACAAAGCGCCCACGCUUAUCAUCACCUAACAAUACAUCCCAAAAGCCCCCAAACUGUAUCCACCGCCGAGUCAUCCUACGCGAUCACGGCAAGCCAAUCUACACGGCAAGCACCCAUUCAAUCCUUCUCACCAUAUUAGAGAUAUACAUAACAGGACACCAAUCUCUACACAAGACAGGGAUUCUUCACCAGGACAUCUCACCCAAUAACCUCCUAGUCAACGAAAACAAGAACAACAACAACAACCCAUCCUGGCCAGCGUUCAUAAUCGACCUUGAUCUCGCCAUCAGAGAGCAAAGAGAUAUUCCUGCCCCAGAGGCACACGGUAGUAAGAAGACCGGAACCAGACCCUUCCUGGCCAUCGGUGCACUCAUGGGCGAGAAACAUUCAUUCAUGCAUGAUCUCGAAUCAUUAUUCUGGAUGAUCUUUUGGAUAUGCGUCCACUAUGAAGCCCCGGGUAGGAAGGGAAGAAGGGCCGUUGCUAUAUUCGACAGAUGGAACUUUGUCGAUACAGGUGAUCUGGCUGUUAUGAAACAGGGCUUCGUGUUUAAUGAGGAGGAUUUUCUCCGGUGGGCUGAUGGACGGUGGAAGAUUUGGGAUUGUAUGAGCGGAUGA